ACAUUGUACGUCACUUCCGCUUCCGGUGUAGCGGAAGCAGCAUGUGUCUUCCCUGCACAUACAUACACACGUUGGGGGAUUGUGGUGAAUGAUCGGUAGAGGUAACAGACUUUCACCAUGGGGAAAAUGAGAAAGAAGCACAACUGGAAGGCAAGGCAACAAGUAAAGUCUACAGAAGAUAACCCCUCAGAUCCCGAUCAACAAGUGCAAGUGGAGAUUGAAGGAGCUGAGCAGAUAAAGGGACUGGAUAAGAGCAAUGCACUAGUGUUACCUUCCAAAAAAGGCAAAAAGAAAACAAUUCAUGAGAAUGUUUCGACAAAAAAACCUUUAACCCGAAAACAGAAGAAGGCACUGCAGAAGGUUCUGGAGCAGAAAGAAAAGAAGAGUCAGAGAGCAGAUAUUCUCAGUAAGCUAAGUGAAGUGCAAGCUUCAGAGAAAGAGUUAAGUCUGCUGUAUACAACCUCUAAAUUGGGCACAGGUGAUCGACUAUUCGCCACCAAACGGUCCUUCGAUGAUACUGAUGGUCCAUCUCAGGGAUACAUAAGCAGCAUCAGUGGGGCCAAUAAGAAGCGCAGACGACGGUCUGAGGAAGACUCUGAUGAAGAGUCUGAUAAUGUUGAGCACACCAACAGCUCUGGUGAGGAGGAGGCGGAGGAGGAUGACGACACUGUAAAGGAUAAACUGGAAAAGGAUGCAGAUAUUGCAAACUCCACAGUGAAGCCUGUAGCUAUAACUCCCCUGCAAAACUGUCAUCUAAAAGACAAGUCUCUUCCUGCUAAAAGGCAACCAACAGCAACUCCAUCAUCAAAACCAGCAGUUUUUAUCCCUGUGGACAGGACUCCUGAAAUUCAGGAGGCCAGGUUAAAACUUCCUAUUUUAGCAGAGGAACAAGUCAUUAUGGAAGCCAUAAAAGAAAACCCUGUUGUAGUUCUGUGUGGAGAGACUGGUAGUGGAAAGACGACUCAGGUGCCACAGUUUCUAUACGAAGCUGGAUAUGGAAGUAGCAAUGAUAUAAUUGGUGUUACUGAACCACGACGUGUAGCAGCAGUGACCAUGUCACAGAGAGUGGCACUAGAAAUGAACUUACCUCAAAGUGUGAUCUCUUAUCAAAUCCGGUAUGAAGGGAAUGUCUCUUCUGAGACCAAAAUAAAGUUUAUGACAGACGGUGUCCUGCUGAAAGAAAUCCAAAAGGAUUUCCUAUUAAGCAAGUACAAAGUGAUAAUAAUUGAUGAAGCUCAUGAGAGGAGUGUUUACACUGAUAUUCUAAUCGGCCUCUUAUCGCGCAUUGUUCCUCUUCGGACAAAGAAAGGGAACCCUUUAAAAUUAGUUAUUAUGUCUGCUACGCUGCGCAUUGAGGAUUUCACAGAAAACAAGAGACUUUUCCCGCUGCCCCCUCCAGUAAUUAAAGUGGAUGCCAGGCAGUUUCCAGUCACUGUCCACUUCAAUAAGCGUACCCCAUUAGAUGACUAUACUGGGGAGUGUUUUAGAAAGAUCUGCAAGAUACACAGGAUGCUUCCUUCAGGGGGCAUCUUGGUGUUUCUCACAGGACAAGCAGAAGUGCAUUCCCUUUGUAGACGGCUAAGAAGAAUGUUUCCAUAUAGAGGAAAAAAACAGGCUCAGGCCGUAGAAGAAGAUGGCGACGACUCAGAAACGGUAAAAAAGCGUAAGAAUUCCAAGCAGAAAAACGUAACUUUGCCCAAAAUAAACUUGGACAAUUAUUCAGCUUUGCCACUGGAUGAAGGAGAUGAAGACCGGGAAGCUGGAGAGGACGGUGAUGAUGAAGAAGGGGAGGGAUCGGAUUCUGAUCUGGAUUUAGGAGAUGGAGGAUCUGAUGAAGAUGAAAAAGCAGACUCUUCCCUCCCACUCUAUGUGCUGCCAUUAUACUCGCUGUUGGCUCCUGAAAAACAGGCACAGGUAUUCCGUCCACCACCCAGUGGCACAAGGUUAUGUGUUGUGGCCACCAAUGUGGCAGAAACUUCUCUCACUAUCCCUGGGAUAAAGUAUGUGAUUGACUGUGGUAAAGUGAAGAAGAGAUUUUAUGACAAAGUGACUGGUGUAUCCUCUUUCCGUGUCGAAUGGACAUCGCAAGCCUCAGCUGAUCAGAGAGCUGGAAGAGCAGGACGUACGGAACCUGGUCACUGCUACAGGUUAUAUUCAUCAGCUGUCUUCAGUGAUUUUGAGCAGUUUUCUCAACCUGAGAUGACUAGGCGCCCUGUGGAAGAUCUAGUUCUUCAAAUGAAAGAUUUGAAUAUUGAAAAGGUAGUGAAUUUUCCAUUCCCUACACCUCCCUCUUCUGAUGCCCUGAUUGCAGCAGAAGAAUUGCUAAUCUCUUUGGGAGCAUUACAGGAGCCUCCAAAAACUGGCAGAUUAAAUUAUCUACAGAAGGCUAAACUCAGCAGUCCAAUCACUCCCCUAGGGAAGACCAUGGCAUCAUUUCCAGUAGCUCCACGCUAUGCAAAAAUGCUUGCUCUGGGGAAACAGCAUGACUGCUUACCGUAUGUUAUCACUAUAGUGGCAGCUAUGACCGUGAGAGAACUGUUUGAAGAGCUGGACAGACCAGCGAUUAGUGAUGAAGAGAAAGAGACACUGAAAGCCAAGAAGGCUCGAGUAUUACAGAUGCAGAGGAUAUGGGCAGGGCAGGGCCCUGCUCAAAAGCUUGGUGACCUGAUGGUUAUGUUAGGUGCAGUAGGUGCUUGUGAAUACUCAGGCUUGACUCCCAAAUUCUGUGAACGUAAUGGCCUUAGGUUUAAAGCCAUGAUGGAGAUAAGACGUUUAAGAGGACAACUUACUACUGCUGUAAAUUCUCUGUGCCCCGAUGUCACCAUAUUCCUUGAUUCUAAGAUGCCACCGCCUACAGAAUGCCAAGUGAACUAUUUGAGGCAGAUUGUGAUGUCCGGUUUAGGGGAUCGCAUUGCUAGGCGGAUUCGUCCUGAAGAACUUCUCAAUGAGAAGUGGAGAAGUGCUUAUAAGACUCCUCUGCUUGAAGAUCCAGUGUUCACCCAUCCAAACUCUUCCCUGUUCAAGCAGCUUCCCGAUUUUGUAGUUUACCAGGAAAUUUUUGAAACAACAAAGAUGUACAUGAAAGGUGUUUCAUCCAUAGAAUCUGAGUGGAUUCCUGCUCUGCUUCCACAAUACUGUCACUUUGCAGACCCUCUGGAAGACCCUCCACCAUUCUAUUGUGCUGAAACAGGAAGAAUAAAAUGUCACAGAACCAGUACUUUCUAUCGAGUUGGAUGGCAGCUGCCUGCUGUGAUUGUUGAUUAUCCGUGUGGUCUAGAAUGUUACAAAUAUUUUGCCAAGUUCUUGUUGGAAGGAAAGGUGAUAACAAAAUUGGGCUCCUACACCAGUAUUCUCUUGUCAAGCCCCACAACCAUGCUUAAAUCAUGGGCCAAACUACAACCUAGAACAGAAGUGUUACUAAAAGCCUUGGUUUCGGAGAAGGCAGAUAACCUCUCUUCCCUACUGGCUGCUUGGAAAAAGGACCCAAAAUAUUUACUACAUGCCUUUUGUCAGUGGAUUCCUGAAGCCAUACAUGAAGACGUAUCUAAAGCUUGGCCACCAGUCACCUCCUCUGAUUGAGUGCUGCACUUUAGCUGUCCAUAUAAUGAAUACUGACAAUACUUGUUGAAGAACCUUUGCCUAGGAGUGCCUUAAAUACUCAGUAUUUAGUCAAGAUCACAUUGCCCAGACUGUAUCGUAUUCUGUUCACCAACAUACUUUUAUAAUGGAUAUCAUACAUUGUUACAAUGUAACUAAGUUCUUAUUGCUUUUCGUGAAAUUCCUGUAUUAUAAUCUGCACAUGGCCAUCAAGGCCCCAUUGUGAUGGAGUACAUACUGUAACAUAUGUACAUACUGAAUUGAAAUGAAACAUUUGUAACUAAA